ACACACCAGCGGGGGCCAGCCAGCAGCGAAGCAAACAGCGGCGCGGCGCGGCGCUUGCGGAAGUGGCAGCGGCGGCGGCGGCGGCAGCUGAAGCCGAGGCGGCGCUAAAUGAAAUUAGCAUACCCGUUUAGCGGUUCGCCGAGGCGGACGGAAGGCUGAACGCAGCCCGCAGGAAUUAUCUCCCCCUCCCAAAAACAACGAAGCUCCGUCUCGACAGAGCGUCUGUUCCGGUCCUUCCUGACGUCCGCCAGCCGCGGAGAUGGGCGACAAGGCGGGUACGAGGGUGUUCAAGAAGUCCAGUCCAAACUGUAAGGUGACGGUCUACCUGGGCAAGAGGGACUUUGUGGACCACCUGGACCACGUGGAUCCAGUAGACGGUGUCAUCCUGGUGGAUCCCGAGUACCUGAAGGACAGGAAAGUCUUCGUCACGCUGACGUGCGCCUUCCGCUACGGCCGCGAGGACUUGGACGUGUUGGGUCUGUCCUUCCGCAAGGACUUGUACAUCUCCACCUUCCAGGCCUUCCCGCCCGUCCCCGAGGAGCGCAAAGCCAACAGUCGACUGCAGGAGCGGCUUCUCAAGAAGUUGGGGCAGCAUGCGCACCCUUUCUAUUUCACGAUCCCUCAGAACCUCCCGUGUUCUGUCACGCUGCAGCCCGGACCUGAAGACACGGGCAAGGCGUGCGGCGUGGACUUUGAGAUUCGAGCCUUUUGCGCCAAGAACAUGGAGGAGAAGAUACACAAGAGGAACUCUGUGCGUCUGGUGAUCCGCAAGGUGCAGUACGCUCCGGAGAAAGCGGGGCCUCAGCCCAUGGUGGAGACGACGCGCAGCUUUCUCAUGUCGGACAGGUCGCUGCACUUGGAGGCGUCGCUGGACAAGGAGCUGUACUACCACGGCGAGCCCAUCAGCGUCAACGUGCACGUGACCAACAACUCCACCAAGACCGUCAAGAGAGUCAAGAUUUCAGUGCGUCAGUACGCCGACAUCUGUUUGUUCAGCACGGCGCAGUACAAAUGUCCCGUGGCACAGCUGGAGGCAGAUGACCAGGUGUCUUCGAGCUCCACCUUCUGCAAAGUGUAUACGCUGACGCCGACCCUGGACAAGAACCGCGAGAAGCGAGGCCUGGCGCUGGACGGGAAGCUCAAACACGAAGACACCAACCUGGCCUCCUCCACCAUUGUCAAGGACGUGACCAACAAGGAGGUGCUUGGAAUCCUGGUGUCCUACAGAGUCAAAGUCAAGCUGGUGGUGUCACGCGGAGGAGACGUAUCUGUGGAGCUGCCGUUCAUCCUCAUGCACCCCAAACCGGCCGAGCCCCCCGCGUCACGGCCGCAGUCAGCCGCGCCGGAGUCGGACCCGCCCAUCGACACCAACCUGAUAGAGUUCGACACCAACAGCGUCUCUCAGGACGACGACUUCGUCUUCGAGGACUUCGCUCGCCUUCGCCUCAAAGGCGCGGUGGACGACAAGGACGAGGACUGCUAGGAGAGACGCUCGCGCGCCUCAACACAUGUACACGCACGCACGUAACAUUCCCGCCAAAUUUGGGCGUCGCCGCCAUCGUCUAAGCGUUUCCUUUUGAUCGAAGGAUCUUCUUACAAAUACUACGGUGAAGCUUCUUUGUAUUUAAGUGAGGUUUUCAUGUGUUCAAUUGGUACGCUAGCCAACAGACCACUUUGUUUGACUUUCAUUUCUUUGCAGCUGUUCACGCUAGUCGUUUUCCGCCGACCUCUUUUUCUCAUCGACUACCGAGACACGCUCAGUUUUUACCGGGGACUACCGCGAACGGACAUCGAGGUCGUACUCCCGUCGUCCGCCCACAUAGGGAUCCGUCGAAUUCGCCAGAGUAUCGGGGCCCAAGAAAAAACCCAUUCAAAUUGUACUAUCGGUGUGAGAAAAAAGCGCUGUUAUCACGUGCGGCUAAUGUGGGGAUACGUAAAUUAGCUUCCUUUAGCUGUGAGCUAUGACCAAAAAAAAAAAUCCUUGGAUUAUAAUUUGAUGGAAAAGAUGAAGGAUUUGCUUAGCUGUUCACAGCCUCGCGAGACGCUUUCAAAAUUUUUGAUUUUAAUAGGUGGCCAAAGUACAGUACCCUGCAGCUAAUUCAACGACAUUAGCCGUACAUAAUAACAUUUUAUUCUCGUCCUCAUUUUUUUCUUUAUUUUGGUCCCGAUACUCCGUCGUAGGUUUUGGUCGGGCACGCCGCGAGGUCAAUGAAGGGUUUUGGGCAAACGACGGCCCUUACCUCACCACUCUUUGCCGUUGACGGUAGUUUGCCAAAGCGGGUUUUUAAUUUUGGGACUUCCUGUUCCUUGCUCAAAAAAAAAAAAAAACUGUUUGGAUUGAGUAUCCAUCUACAAGGAAGAUAAAACAGUCACUUGAAGUAUAUAAACAAAGAAGUUAGGCAUUUGUCACCUGUUCAUUUUCAAAUCUUUAUGAAUGUUUAGCAUUUUUUUCCCCCAGUGGCGAUUGAUGAUGGCGUCUUGUACAGAUGUUUUUUUUUUUUUUUUU